AUGGCUCCCGAUCUAAAUUCUGUUCCUCCGUCCCCGCUACCCCGAGGCACCACCGGCUCGACUUCAUCUCAACCUUCCCUCUCAGCAUCUCGACGUGUCUCGCAAGUCAUGGGCCCACCUCCAAUUCCUCAUUUUCCCACAUCUCCCAGUGUGCCUGUGGGCGAUAAUACUGGUGUGGGAAUGGGACCAGGUCCACUCCGACAUCCUCGCCCUCUAACGGUCGCUGAUCUACAUUUGGAGUUAGAAAAAGAGCAGGAAGCAGUAGUCAAUCGCCUCACACGGGAACUCACUCUCCUCCGCCAACAGACAGCCUCAGUAGCAUCAACUGCAUCCUCAACGUCAACAAACGUCAAUGACCCGUUGGAUCCGCAACAUCCAACGCCAUCACGCCACCGAUCGUCUUCCAGCAUUAGUUCUCGGAGCAUUGCGGGCGCGACAUCAGGAGCCUUGGCAGGAGGGGUAACAAGUAUUGCCCCAUCUCGCGAACGAGACACACCAUCCUCCUCGCGGCCGUCCCUAGAUAUAGCCCGGGGAAGCCUCAGCCGUGAGGCAUCCGUCACGUCACGCCGACGAUCUGGCAAUGCCUCCCCAUCCCUCUCCUCGUCGUAUCAGCCACACAACGAGCCUUUCCCAUAUCAUCUUUCUAACACCAGCUCUUCCCACACCUCAUCGCACCCAUACUCCAACUCCCAUCGCCCUUCAUUAACAUCCCAUGCCGUCCCAAACCCAACCUCCCAACCACCUGCCACGACAGACCACGCACGAUCCGGCUCCAUGUCAUCUCCCGCAGCCAUGUCACGGUACGAAGAGGCUGCCCACCACCGCGCGGAACUGGAAGCCGUCAAGCGCGAAAAUGAAAUGCUUCGCCGUCGAAUUCGAGAGCUAGAAUCCAGUCUGAGGGAUUAUCGACAACCGCAGUCCCCUCGACAGCGUAUGGAGAGCUCUGGAGCUACGUCGAGUCUCACGACAGGUCUGCGCGAAGCGUCGAUUGCUGAUCCAUUGUCAAGCAAUGAAGCCCAGGUGCCGUAA